AACUUCAACCUGGCCAGAUACACUGCUACGGUGACCCGUUCCGUUCCGUUCACUUUUCGCCCCCCCUCGCACUCCCCAGCUCCCUCCGCCGCCUCCUCCUCCUCUUCCGGCGCAGCGGCCACGCCGGCGGCCAUGGACGCUGAGUACAGCGCGCUGGAGCAGGGGAGCUCGUCUUGCCGGACUGCGGCGUGGGUCGAUUCGCAAUCGAAGCAGAAACGGCAGCGGUGCCAGGGUUCUUCGAGUGACCAACUUGGUUCCAGCACAAGUGACUCUUUGCAAAUGGCUGAACCAGAGCUACAAGACUUUAAUUAUGGAGAAGCCGAGGAGGAAGAUUACUAUAUGGAUGAUGACGAUGGCGACGGCGAUGGCGAUGAAUCUGAAUAUGAAUUUGACGAAGCUGACUUCAAUCAACAGCUUGCUGACAAAUUUGAUGAUUUGGAUCUGCCUCCAGGCGUGGAGGCUACUGUACCUUGGCUGCAGAAAAUUGAAGACAGUGGAGUUUCCACGACGUCCGAAUUAGAAUUUGAAGAUGAUAUCACAAAGAAAUAUAAGGCGUUCAAACAGUUUUACACAGUUCAAAACUUUUCUGAUCACCAUUAUGCUAAUAAAGUUAUAGACACGACAAGAAGAGAAUGGGCAAAAAGGAUUCAACAUGAAUGGAAGAUUUUGGAGAAAGAUCUGCCAGCAUCUAUUUAUGUCUGUGUCGCCGAAGAUAGAAUGGACUGUCUUAGGGCAGCGAUUAUUGGGCCUAAAGGAACACCCUACCAUGAUGGGCUCUUCUUCUUUGAUGUUCAAUUUACCUCUUCUUAUCCUUCUAGCCCUCCGUCAGUAUAUUACCACUCUGGAGGACUUCGGCUCAAUCCGAACUUAUAUAAUUGUGGAAAAGUCUGCCUUAGCCUCCUUGGUACCUGGUCGGGUUAUGGCUGUGAAACGUGGAAUCCAGCUCAGUCGACCAUGCUACAGGUGCUUGUCUCCAUUCAGGCUCUCAUUUUGAAUGAGAAGCCAUACUUCAAUGAGCCAGGAUAUGCAUCCUCUGCCAAUACCGCGUCUGGAGAGAAGAAUUCUGUACAGUAUAACAAGAUCACCUUUCUGCACUCAUGCAGGACGAUGUUGUAUUCACUUAGAAGACCCCCAGAGCAUUUUGCAGACCUUGUAGCCGGUCACUUUCGGCUACACGGGCGUACCAUUCUCGCAGCAUGUCAACACUACAUGGAGGGUCAUACGAUCGGAUCGGUAGUCCCCGAGGAGGAUGAAUCAGAAGAGAGCGGUGGUGGUGCAGGCGCAUCCAGUAGCAGCGUUGCACCGCCAAAGGAAGACCAGGGCCUGAUGGAUGUUUUUGGUCUUUUCGGUACUAGGCGCAUUCAGUUCGUGCCCGACCUCAAAACACUAUUUGAAGAUCUUCUGAUGGAGUUCAACGUUAAGGGUGCUGACACCAGGAAGUUUCUCGAAGAGAAGCUGAAGAAAAACCAGCCUGCAGCCUGAAAUUAAAGCACCAAAGGCUGCGUGCGCAGGUAGAGAUAGUUUGAAGGGAAAUAGCGUAGAUUUUUUUUUCUUUUUUGCAGGAUGGGGUAGUUUACUUUUUUUUUUAACGCAGGAUUGGGUAGUUUACUUGUUUAACUGCAGGGGAAAGAUUUUUAGAUAUGGAGUCACUUUUGGUGAAGUCGUGGGACUUAACUUGCCCUUGUUCUUAACUUGUUCACCACAUAAAGUACCCAAUUAAUUGUCAUGGCCUCAUGGCACCUCGUUAAUUAAGUCUUGUUUGGGACUCA